CACCUUCACCUCCAACUUUAACUCUCUCCCUCCAUCUCUUAUCUCUUCCUUUCUUGUCUCUCUCUCUUUCUCUCUAUCUCACUUGUGUCAUACAGCUCCGUUCAGCCACCGCCCAUGGCGGACCGCGACAGGGACAGAGACCGUCCCCACCAGCUCCAAGUCCAUCCGCAGCACCGCUACAACAGCGGCCCCGGCGGCAAGGGCCUCAUGCCAGACGGGGGCCCGUCCGCGGGCAAGGUCCUCGCGGUCAUGACAAUGCUCCCCGCGGGGGGCAUCCUCCUCGGCCUCGCCGGGAUCACCUUCGUCGGGACCAUCAUCGGGCUCUUCCUGACUACCCCGCUGUUCAUCAUCUUCAGCCCCGUGCUCGUGCCGGCCGCGCUGGUGGUCGGGCUCGCCGUGACGGGCUUCCUCACGUCGGGGGCGUUCGGGCUGACGGCGCUGUCCUCGCUCUCGCGGGUGGCGAACUACAUACGGCAGGCGACCGGCACGUCGCCGGAGCAGAUGGCGGAGCACGCGAAGCGGCGGCUCGCGGACACUGCCGGGCACAUGGGCCAGAAGACGAAGGAGGUGGGCCAGCAGGUGCAGAGCAAGGCCCAAGAAGUUGGCGGCGGGGGCGGUGGAGGGAGGACUUAAGAAAAACGACGGCUCCAUCGAGUAGAGUUCAACGAGGAGUGAGGGGAGCAACUAACAGCGUGCAUGAUGGGGUUUAGUGAGCGAUCAUUCAGGGGUUGCAUGUAAGGGUUCGAAUGAAAUCAAGAAGAAGGGAUGAAUAAGCAAGUUGUUCUUUUGUAUUCA